GACUCUACGUCUACGUGGACUCGUGCUUUGGAGGCCGCCGACAUCGGCGACCUCCGAAAGGCCAAGCGCCUGCUGACAGGGGCGAAGCUCCUCCCGCCGACGGAGGAGACGUACGAGAAGCUGACCGCGCUGUUGCCGCCUGCUUCCGCCGAGGCUCGUGCCUCGCGACCGCCAGCCCCGCCAGUGUCCAAGUGCAGCCCCGUCGAGUGCAAGCAGGUCCGCGCGUGCAUCUGGAGCGCCCGUGCACUGGCGCAUGCCGGGCCCAGCGGGGAGCGUAACUCCCACGUCCAGGCGUUCCUCAGGAGCCCGCACCCGACGCGGACACUCUCAAGGUGGGCAUCGAUGUGGGCCUGCCGGCAGUUGCCGGCCUUCAUCCGGCAGCCGUGGCUCCACAUGCAGCUCAUUGCCUCGGACAAGGGCGGGGGCAAGGCGCGCCCCAUCGUGUUCCAGGAGGUCCUGUUCAAGCUCGCCGCGGGCACCAUCAGCCGCGCGGAGCUCCACAGGGUUUCCGCGCACGUCGGCAGCAACCAGCAUGCGCUCGGCGCAGAGAGUGGCACUGCCGCCCUCAUCACCGAGGUCCAGGCGGACAUGGCGGCCCACCCGCACUGGGUCUACCUCGGGCUCGAACUCGAGAGCGCCUUCGGCACUGCCCGCCGCCAGGACGCCUACGAGCAGGCCCGCGCCUGCUCUCCGCGCGCGGCGACACUGCAGCACAACAUGUGGUUCGGGGGAGUCCGGCAGCUGUGCUACGUCCAGGUGGGGGAGCAGUUCAAGACGCUGGAGAUGCAGGAGGGUUGCUGCCAGGGCGGUUGCAGUGCAACCUCGGACUUCGGCCUCGCAUUCUCGGCCAGCAUUCGCGACAUCUCUGAGGCCUACUCCAAGGCGUUCGCAGAUGAGUCCUCUCGCCCGCGUCUCCGCCUUUUCGUCGACGACGUCUGCGUCGCCGCUCCGCGUGAGCACUGGCUGCAAGCGAUGCGGAUCGCGACGCAGUGCUUUGCGGCACGGGGGGUGAAACUGCGCGUCGACAAGACCAAAGCCCACGUGCCAGCUGCCCGUUCAGACCCGGCCCUCGCUGGCGAGCUCGCUGCCGAGCUGCGCCCGCAUGCUGAAUUCGACGCGUCUGGUCUUACUCUCCUUGGCGCUCACGCCGAAGGCGAGUGCAGCACGCAUUUUAGUUUCGACGGGGCCACCCUCGGCCCAGUGCAAAAGCGGUGCGAGAAAGCGAUCGCAUUCGCUUCGAUUUUAAAGCGAGUUGCGCAUGCCGAGCUCACUUGCCGUAAGUUGGGCCCUCUAUGGAAGCUUGUUUGCUUGGUCUUGAACCGCGCUCUGUCCUACGACGCCUGUGUUGUGAAGCCGGCAGCCUUCCUGCCGUACGCACCUGUAAUCGACGUAGGGUACGAGCGCUCCGGCAUGCUCGCUGCUGCCAGAGGUUGCCUUGGCCGGUUGGCGGCGAGCGGCGUGUUCCUCGACGCGUGGGGGAUGCCGCAGCCGGGGCCUGAUGCGCACGCAGGUGCCCACGCAUUUUCGCUCGAGCACGCGGUAGCUGCAGGCGCAGCGCUGCGGCACCGUCGUAAAUUGUGGAUGCUCCGAGCGGCCGAUGCCGUACUCUCUGCAGGGACGCCUGAGCAGCGGAAGCACUGGCUGUCCGGAGGCGGCCCGGAAGGCGGGCUUGGUUUCACAGCCAGCGCCACUGGGGAUUUGGCCCCUUUGUCGGACGAUGAGUUCCGCAUCAAUUUCCGCCGGCGUCUCCGGCUCCCGCUCUUCGGCGUUGCGUGUUUUUGUCAGCGCCGCACGCGCGCUGGAAGGGUCUGUGGCCACGCACUCGACGAGCUUGGAGAUCACGCGAUAUCUUGCAUGAUCGGUGGAGCCCACAACCGUCUGCAUGAUGGAGUCUGCGACGAGCUCGCGGCGUGCGCUCGCACAGCCGGCCUUGCAGCCACACGCGAGGUCGUGCUUCCAGAGCUGGCCACGGCAACCAUGCGUGAGCCGCGCGUGGACGUGCAGCUCUGGGGCCACUGCUCGCUCCCAAUUUUCCACGGGGACUUCGCAGUCGUCAGCGCACACAACCGCCGCGGCCAUUCGGCGACCGCCGGUGCUGGCGCGACCGCUGCCGAGGCUGCGAAAGUAACAAAAUAUGGAGCUCGAGGCGGCACCAGCGUGCAAGGCCUUGCACUUGAAUUCGGCGGCCGCCACGGGCCGCAGCUGACGUGUCUGCUGCAACAGCUGGCAAGCCUCACCCGGCACCAGAGCCAUCUCCGUGGCACGGGUUGUGCACGGUCGCCGCUCCGCGAUUGGCGGCAGCG